GUUGUGACCAGUCCUUCUCCAUCAUUCCCAAUCUGAUUGCAGUAUUAUGCCAGUGAUUCUCAGAUAUUCCCAGUACUAUUCUGGUCACUCCCAGUACAAUCCCAGCUAGUUCCAGUAGGAUCCCAGUAUGACUCUGACAUGGGCACAGCUACUCCCAUUAUCAAUCCAAUGUGGUUGCAGUUGCUCCCAUUUCCCCCCAGUGUGAUUUCAGUCUCUCCCAGUGUAUCCCAGUUGCCACCACCAUGUUCCCAGUCACUUCCAGUUGCUGCCAGUAUGAUCCAGUAUGAUCCCAGUCCUUCUGAGCAUGAUUCCUGUGUCUCCCACUUCCUCCCAGUGUGAUCCCAGGUGCCCCCAUUUGCCCCAGUACAGUCCCAGUUAUUCCAUAGAUGUUCCCAGUCACUCCCAGCAUGGUCCCAGUCAUGUCCAGUUCCCCCAGUACAGAGUAGUAGCUCCCAUUCACUCCCCAGUAGCUCCCAGCAUGGAAACAACUGUUCCCAGUGUGGUUCCAGUCCCCUCAGUAUGAUUACAGGCACUCUUAUAUAAUAAGAUCUCCAGCUCCCCCUAGCACAGUCCCAGUCAUUCCCAGUACUAUCCCAGUAUGAGUCCAGUAUGAUGCCAGUCUCUGCCAGCAGGGCCCCACUCACUCACACUUGCCCCCAGUUUCCUGAACAUGGUCCCAGGUUUCCGCCCAGCACAUACCCAGUCACUCGUAGUUACGUCCCAGUCACAACCCCUAUGGUUUCAGAAACUCCCAGUAUAUCCCAGUUGCCCUGAACAAUCUCAUAGUCAUUCCCAGGCACUCCCAGUUACCUCAGCAUGGUUCACUUGCUCCCAGUGUUAUCCCAGUUGCUCCUGGAAUAGUCCCAGUGCCUCUCUGCAUGGUUUGUUUAUUUUUUUAGGGGUGGGGAAUGUUUGGAUAAUGAAGAAUUGCAAAGCUGAGCAGCAAAUGCCCCUUGGGGGGACACUGGGUGGUCCCGGUGGCAGCUGCCGGCAGAGGCAGCCUGGAGGAGCAGAGCCCUGUGUCCCCCAGGACCCCAAAUUGGGGAGCCCAGAGAGGGAGGAGCACUGCCAUUGGCGGGACCCUCAACAGCCUGGAGAGGGGCAGGGGGGACUCCUUGGACCCCCAGCACCCCAAAGCAGAGAAUAAGGGGGGUAGGGACACGGGGUCCCCAGAAUCCCCCAGCAUCCCUAAAUGGGGAGGGGGAAGAGGGGGGAGGUUUUUGCAUUCCUGGGACUCCCAGCAGCCUGGGGAGGGCGGAGACUGAGUAGAUGGGGGACCCCCAAUAGAAGCGUGACCCCCAGCAGCUGGGACAGGGGGGAACCCCUGAACACUAAAGGGGAGGGAACAUUGCCAGGAACUCCUGGGAGGCAUUUUCAGGGUUGAGUGUUGGUGUUUGGGAGAUUUUGAUGGAGCCCAGAUGCCCAGGGACUUCUAGAGAAGGACUUGGGCAGGAGGAACCCCCAAGAAAAUGCGCUCAUCCCUUUUCACAAACAAGGAUUUCCUAAUUUCAGCCCAUGGCUUGAUGGAGGAGGACGAGGCUGCAAGGAAGAGGAAGAUGGCCCAGGAGCCCCAGACAGACAAGGAGCUGAGCACGGAGAGCAGGGAGGACAAAUCCUCGUGGCAGAACCUGGUGGAAGAGGCCGUUUGCAGCAGCUCCACGGUGCAGGAAUCCAACGGGGAGGAAAAGCCACGGAGAUCCCGCAGCAGGAGGGGCUGCAAACGCAGAUCGCGGGGAUCUGAGGAGGAAAGACCCAGCCUGGGCCGGGCAGGCGGCCGGAGAUGGAGCCAGAGCUCGGACCUGGUGGUCCAUGAGAAGCUUCGUGAUGGGGAGAAGUGCCACAAGUGGAGGUACAGACUAAUCCGACACCAGAGGAUCCACACUGGGGAGAGGCCCUACGAGUGUGGGGAGUGUGGGAAGAGUUUUCAGACCAGCAGCAAUCUCCUCAGGCACCAGCGCACGCACACAGAUGAGAAGCCCUUUCCCUGUCCCGAGUGCGGGAAGGGAUUCAGGCAAAACUCCACCCUCACCAGACACCGGCGCAUCCACACUGGGGAAAAGCCCCAUGUGUGUGGGGAGUGUGGGAUGAGCUUCAGCCAGAGCUCCCACCUGAUCCACCACCGGAGGAUCCACACUGGGGAGAGGCCCUACAAGUGUGUAGAGUGUGGGAAGGGCUUCAAGCAGUGUUCCAGCCUAAUAGUUCACCAAAGGAUCCACACUGGGGAGAGGCCCUAUGAGUGUUCAAAGUGUGGCAAGAGGUUUCCCAGCAGCUCUGAUCUCGUCAAGCACUACCAUACACACACGGAGGAGAGGCCUUACGAGUGUCAUGACUGCGGGAAGGGCUUCAAGCAAAACUCUAACCUCAUCACCCACCGGCGCAUCCACACUGGGGAAAGGCCCUACGAGUGUGACGAGUGUGGGAAGAGCUUCUCCCGCAGCUCAAACUUGAUCCAACACCAGCGGAGGCACCAGUAAGGGAAGCCCUGCGAGUGCCCCGAGUGCAGGAAGAUCUUCGUGCGCUGCUCCAACUCCAUCCCCCACUGCAGGACCCACCUCGGGCAGAGCCCUGGUGAGUCACAUUACCUGGGAUCCAUGUUGGCUUGAGACCUGCCUGGUUAUCCUUUUGUUUUGGCCUUUGUUUUUCUCUCAUCAAUUUCUAUUUGUUCUCCAAAAGCCAAUAGGGAUCUAUCUGUCACCUCAAAAACUCCCAAAUCCAAGUAAAAACCCAUCAAUGUUGACUCAAAUUGGAUCAGUCUUACUUUAAAGUGCCUUUUUUUCCCUCAAAACAACUCAAUGCCACAAAAACUGUACAGGAUUUCAGAGCCGCCAGGGUGAGAAGGGGUUGGAAGGAUAUUGGGAGAAGUGGGAUCCAAAUUUGGAACAGUGGGAUUGGGAUUGUGUGGGACUGGUUGGGAGGGAUGGAUUUGAUAAUAAAUAAAACUUUGACAAUUCCUGAUUUCUGUCCGAUUCGCUUUCCGUCACUUUCAAGUCUGUUUUCAGUGGCACCUUCUCAGCUUAUUGUGUUUGUGUCCUCCUUUCACUCCUGCCUCUCUCUGCCUGCUCUGUUUCUCUCUCAGGCUUUCCCUUGACCCAGGGCAGCUCCCACCAAAGACCCUGCCCUGAUUCAAUUCCCACUGCAGGAGCUGCAACAGCCAUGGGUGAAGUUGUGAAGGCUGGCAGUGAAAUGUCCCUGUAAGAUCUUGCUGCACUUGGCUUUUGGCCCCUUCUGAAGAGCUUUGCCUUCAAGGGCAGGAACAUCUUUUCCUGGCUGGGGACUGGAAUUCCAGAGCUGGGCACUGUGAGCCAGGCAGGACUAUCCAGGCUGAGACCAUAGGGACUGGGAUCCUCCAGACUGGGACUGCACAGACUGGGACCAGAUGGAUCAGGGCCAUGCAGACUGGGAUUGUAUAAACUGGGAUGACAUGGACUGGAAUUGUACAAACUGGGACCAUAUGGACCGGGAUGGCUGCUCCAGAACUAUUCGAACCGAGGGGGUCCUGCCCUACCCAGGGGUCCCUCCCAGUCCCACACAGGAGCACAGGCAGAAGUCCCCAGAGUUAAUGUGGAGGUCCCAGAGUGCUCACAGUGUGAUCCUGAUGCUGAUCCCUGUCCUGGUGCCAGCCUCAGUCUCGGAGCACUUCUGGUGUCAGCCUCAGUUUCGGUUCUGAUCCCAGUGUCAAUCUCAGUCUUGGAGCAGUCCCCAAGUGCUCCCUGUGCUCAUUCCGGUCCUGGUGUCGGUCUCGAUCCCAGAGCGGUGCUGGUCUCAGUCCCAGUGGGUCUUACAGUCGCGCCAGUCUCGGUGUUGGUUCUGGUGCCGCUCUCAGUCUCAGUCCCAGAGUUCUCCCGAUGCUGGUCCCAGUCCAAGAGCAGCCCUGGAGCUCUACUGGUGCUGGUCCCAGUAUUGGUGUUGGUCUCAGUCCCAGUCUUUGUUCCAGAUCUGGAGCAGUGCUGGUCUCAGUUCUGGUGUUGGUUCUGUUCCCAGUCUUGGUCUCGGUCUCCAUUCUGAUUUCAGCCUCAGAAAUGGUGCUGUUGCUGGUAUGGGUGCCCGUCUUGGUCUCGGUCCCAAAUCUUUUAAGCCUAUUAUGUGAUUUUUUACCAAGCUGCAGUGUUUUAGGCUGGAUUUUAGGCCCAUUCAGACAAUGUUAGGCCAAUUUGGAUGAUUUCAGAUCUCUUUGUGUGGAUUUGAGGUC